AUGGCGGCUUCACCGCGGGGCCGUGGCCCUCGCUCUUGUCGUUCCCGAGCAGCAGCAGCAGCAGCAGCAGCUACUGCAGCAGCAGCAGCAGCAGCUGCGCGCGGCCUGCGGACGCCGCUGCUGCUGCUGCUGCUGCUGCUGCUCGCCGCUGCUGCUGCAGCACAAGAGCCCUACUUGGCAGCAACUGGGGGCAGCUGGGCCCCCUCUUCAGCUUCUUCCAGCCUUUCUUACAGUCCUGCUGCUGCUGCUUUUGCUGCUGCUCCUUCAGCUUAUUUUUCUCCCUCUUUUUCUUUUUCUGCUUUUUCUUCUUACACCAACACAGCCCCAGCCACCACCCACUACGAGGGGGCCCCCCUGGGGGCCUCCAUGGGGGCCCCCUCCUCUUCGGGGGCCCCCACAGGCUCCUCGGGGGCCCCCCUGGGGGCCCCCACAGGCUCCUCGGGGGCCCCCCUGGGGGCCCCCACAGGCUCCUCGGGGGCCCCCCUGGGGGCCCCCCUGGGGGCCCCCCUGACUUCUUCGCCCCUCAGCUUCUUCAGCACUGGCUCGGAGACUCGAACUCCUGCUGCUGUUGAUUUGUCUCCCGUGUCAGUGUCUGGGGCCUACAGCCCUGCUGCUGCUGCUGCAGCAGCUCCUGCUGCUGCUGCAGCAGCUCCUGCUGCUGCUGCUCCCGUCUCCACUGCUGCUGCUCUUUACCCCUUCUCCUCAGCUGUCUCCUCGUACACUGCAGCAGCAGCGACUCCGCUGUCCACGAGCCCGCUGCAGUACAUGGGGCUGCCCCUCAGCUACGACAGCAGCAGCAGCAGCAGCAGCAGCAGCAGCAGCAGCAGCAGCAGCUUGAGCUCCAGCUACCCUGUCUACACUCCUCCAGCUGCAGCAGCUGCUGCCACUUACCUCCCCAGCUCUUACACUCCAGUGUCUCCUGUCUAUUACGGCAUGACCCCUAGCUACAGCAGCAGCAGCAGCAGCAGCAGCAGCAGCAGCAGCGGCAGCAGCAGCAGCUACUAUGGGUCUCCUUUUUCUAGUAUGAUGCCGGGGCUGUACUUGUCUUCCUCAGCAGUUCCCAUAACAAUGCCUGCAGCAGCAGCAGCAACAGUGCCAGCAGCAACAACAGCAGCAGCAGCAACACCAGCAACAACAGCAGCAGCAACAGCAGCAGCAACAGCAGCUGCAACAGCAACGGAAGCAGCAGCACCAGCAGCAACGCCAUCACCGGCUUCUACUUCUUCUGGAGAGACAAGCAGCCAGUCUGCUGCUGCCUCCACACAAGAGCAGCAGCAGCAGCAGCAAACUGAGAUGGCCUCUGCAACUCCAGCAGCAGCAGCAGCAGCAGCAGCAGCAGAAACAGCAGCAACGGAAGCAUUGGUAGAAACGGCAGCAAUGAACUUGCCCGCUGCAGUCUUGGCGGAGCUCACUGAAACUAUACAGAUGAGAGAAGAGCAGCAGCAGCAGCAGCAGCAGCAGCAGCAGCAGCAGCAGCAGCAGCAGCAGCAGCAGCAACAGGCGACGUCCCUUUCGAUGCUUCCUGAGGCCAUGGCAGCACUAGCUUCAGCGGCCCCACAGGAGUCGCACACUGCAGCAGCAGCAGCAGCCGCAGCAGCAGCAGCAGCUGAAGCAGCAACAGCUGCAGCAGAAGCUGCGAAAGCAGCAGCAGCAGCAGAAGCAGAAGCCAUUGCAAAAGCUGCUGCUGCAAUGGCAGCACUGCAGCAGGCGCUGCAGAGCCCCUCUUCUCCCGCUCUAGCAGAGACGGCAGCAGCAGAAGCAGCAGCAGCAGAAGCAGCAGCAGCAGAAGCAGCAGCAGCAGAAGCAGCAGCGGCGGAAGCCUCUGCAGCAGAAGCUGCAGCAGCAGCAGCAGAGACAGCAGCAGAAACAGCAGCAGUUGAGACAGCAGCUGCAGAAACAGCAGCAGCAGCAGCAACAGACGCAGUGCUGGUUAUAGCUUCAGAAGCAGCAGAACAGCAGCAGGAAGCAGCAGCAGCAGCAGAAGCUGCUGCUGCUCUUUCGCGAGAAGAGACAGCAGCAACUGAAGCAGUAGCAGCAGCAGUUCAGCAGGUGGUCAUGGAGAGAGUUCCAGAAGAACCUGCAGCAGCAGUUGCAGCAGCAGCAGCAGCAGCAGCAGCAGCAGCAGAGACUUCUCAAGGCACACAAACAAACACAGAGAUGGAGACACAAAACGCAGAAACGGAAGCAGCCAUGGCAACUGAGCAGCAGCAGCAGCAGCAGCAGCAGCAACAGGAGCAGCAACAGCAGCAGCAACAGACUGAGCAGGAGCAGCAGCAGCAGCAACAGGAGCAGCAGCAGCAGCCUGAGCAGCAGCAGCAGCAGCCUGAGCAGCAGCAGCAGCCUGCAGAGCAGCAGCAGCAGCAGGAAUAUCAGCCUCAGCAGGAGCAGCUACAGCAGCCGGAGCAGCAGCAGCCUGAGCAGCAGCAGCCCCAACAGCAGCGGCCUGAGCAGCAGCAAGAGCAGCAGCAGCAGCAGCAGCAGCAGCAAGAAACAAUUGAACACCCACCGCUAUCUGCGGCAGUUGAGGCAGUGAUCGCAGCAGCAGCAGAAACAGCAGCAGCAGCAGCACAGCCAGCAGCACCUGCCGAAGAAGCAGCUGAAGCAAUGGCAGCAGUGGCAGCAGCAGCAGCAGCAACUGAACCAGCAGCAGCAGCAACACAAGCAGAAGCAGCUGAAGCAGAUAUGCAAUCCGCCGCAGCAGCAGCAGCAGCAGCAGUCCCUGAGACUGUUAAUGAGCUUAUGUCUCACCUACAGGCCCAAGAAGACGCAGAGUCUCACGAGCAGCAGCAGCAGCAGCAGCAGCAGCAGCAGCAGCAGCAAGAGCAGCAGCAGCAGCAGCAGCAGCAUGCGCCAGAUAUGGAGGCUGCCUAUGAGGCCACGGGGGCCCUGCCAAGUAUGCCUGUCCCUGAGCAAGCAGCAGGAGCAACAGCAGCAGCAGCAGCAGCAGCAGCAGCAGCAGAUGCAUCCCCUUCUUCUCUCUCUGCUGUUCUCGAUGAGGCAGUGGAAUUUGCAGCAGCAGCAGCAGCAGCAGCAGAGCCGUCUACUGCAGCAGCAGAAGAGGAGGAAGCAGCAGCAGCAGCAGCAGCAGAAAAUGGGCUGCUGCCUUCUGUAGAUUCAGAGGAGCCGUCGCUGCUGCCGGCCAUCAAUGAACUGCUGGAAUUCCAGAGAGGAACAGCAGCAGCAGCAGCAGCAGCAGCAGCAGAAGCAGCAGCAGCAGCAGCACCCGAGGCUGCACCAGCAGCAGCAGCAACACCAACAUCAACAGCUGAGCAGCUGCUGCUGCUGCUGCACCCCAGCCAGCCAAACGAAGAGGCGCACAUGGAAGCCCUCUACGAAGGCCUAGUGGCAGAAGCUGAAAGCCAGCAGCAGCAGCAGCAGCAGCAGCAGCAGCAGCAGCAGCAGCAGCAGCAGCAGCAGCAGCACGAGCAGCAGCCGCAGCAGCAGCAGCAAGAGCUGCAGCGCGGCGCACAGCAACCAGAGCAAACCCAAGAGACACAUGAGGAGUACAACCAGCAGACAUACAGCCCCCAGGAGCAGCAGCAGCAGCAGCAGCAGCAGCAGCAGCAGCAGCAGCAGCAGCAGCAGCAGCAGCAGCAUGAGAUCAUCAGUCGCUUGCUCGGCAGCGACGUGAGUGCUGCUGCUCUUGCAGAGUCUCUUAAUAGGCUGGCUGAGACUCUGGGCCUCACAACAGCCCCGUGGGUUCCUGCUGCAGCACCUGCUGCUGCUGCUGCUCCUGCUGCUGCUGCUACAUCUGCUGCAGCAGCAGCAACUCCAGCUGCUGCUGCUACUACUGCUGGCGCUUACCAGCAGCAGGCUCUCCAAGCUGCAGCAGAGCAGCAGCAAGAAGACACAGCGCCUGCCUUGCAGUACCACGAGGCAGAAGAACAGCAACAGCAGCAGCAGCAGCAGCAGCAGCAGCAGCUGCUGCAGCAGCAGUACUCCGUUGUCGCUGAAGAGGAGCAGCAGGCAUAUGUUGUUGUCACUGAGGAGCCGCAGCAGCAGCAACAGCAGCAGCCGGAGCUGCAGCAGCAGUAUGCCGUGGUCAAUGAACUAGAGCAGCAGCAGCAGCAGCAGCAAACAAAGCCUCAGCAGCAGUACGUAGAAGUGACUAAGGAAGAAGAGCAGCAGCAGCAGCAGCAGCUGGAGCUGCAGCAGCAGUAUGUCUUGGUCACUGAAGAAGAGCAGCAGCAGCAGCAGCAGCACUACGUGCUAGUGCAGCAGCAGCCGCAGCAGCACCAGUAUCUCGUUGCUGAAGAGCAGCAAGAAGAGCAGCAGCAGCCGCAGCUGCAGCAGCAGUAUCUGGAAGCUGAGGAGCAGCAGCAGCAGCCGCAGCAGUAUGUAGUAAUGACUGAGGGGGAGGAGGAGCAGCAGCAGCAGCAGCUGCUGCAGCAGCAAUAUGCCGUUGCUGAAGAGCAGCAGCAAGAAGAGCAGCAGCAGCAAUAUGCCGCUGCCGAAGAGCAGCAGCAGCAGCAGCCGGAGCUGCAGCAGCAAUAUGCCGUUGCCAAAGAGCAGCAGCAGCAGCCGGAGAUGCAGCAGCAAUAUGCCGUUGCUGAAGUGCAGCAGCAGCAGCCAGAGCAGCAGCAGCACUAUGCCGUUGCUGAGGAGCAGCAGCAAGAAGAGCAGCAGCAGCAGCAGCAACCAGAGCUCGAGCAGCAGUAUCUUGUAGCUGCAGAGCAGCAGCCCCAGCAGCAGCAGCAGCAGCAGCCGCAGCAGCCGCAGCAGCAGAUUGCAGCUCAUGAAGAACAGCAGCAGCAGCCGGAGCAGCAGCAGCUUCUAUCAGAGCAAUAUGUUGCUGAGGAAGAGCAGCAGCAGCAGCAGCAGCAGCAGCAGCCGCAGCAGCAGCCGCAGCAGCAGCAGCAGCAGCCGCAGCAGCAGCAGCCGCAGCAGCAGCAAUACAAUGAGGUGCUGGUGGAGGCCAGUCCUGAGGACUCUGUGGGAGUUGUGCCGGCAGAAGUGCAGCAGCAGCUGCUGCAGCAGCAUGUAGAGCAGCAGCAGUUGCUGCUGAUGCAGCACGAGGAGGUGCAGCAGUAUGCCCAUGAGCCGCAGCAGCAGCAGCAGGAGCAGCAGCAGCAGCAGCAGCAACAUGAACAGCAGCAGAAGGAGCACCAGCACGAACAAGAGCAGCAGCACCGCCACGAGCAAGGCCGUGUGCACAUCUUCUAUCAACCUCAGCAGCAGCAGCAGCAGCCGCAGCAGCAGCAGCAGCAGCCGCAGCAGCAGCAGCAGCAGCAGCAGCUCUACAGUGAGUACGAAAGUACUGCUGCGUCCCCCCAAGACCAGGUUUACUCUGCAUACGGAGAAGAGGAGGAGCAUCAGCAGCAGCAGCAGCAGCAGCAGCAGCAGCAGCAGCAGCAGUCAUCGCAGCUGCUGAGGCAGCAAAUGAUGCGGCAGCAGCUGCAGCAAAUGAAGCAAGAAGUUGUGCUGCAGGAGAGAAUUACAGGCAUAAUUGACGUGCCAGACAUAGCGGAAUACUCGCAGCAGCAGCAGCAGCAGCAGCAGCAGCAGCAGCAGCAGCAGCAAGAACAGCCGCCGCAGCAGCACGAACAGCAGCCAGAGCCGCAUCCGCAGCAGCCGCAGGAGCCAGCAGCGCAGCAGCAGCAGCAGCAGCAGCAGCAGCAGCAGCAGCAGCAGCAGCAGCAGCAAGAACUGGAAGCAGAGAAGCAGCAAGAACUCACAAGACAAGAAGCAGCAGGUGAGGGGAAACCCCCUGUGCGGCUGCUGCAGCAAAGAGAGAGCAGGAGGCGCCACCGGGGAAUGGGGCGAGGGGGGCAGGUGUUUGCUGCUGCAGCAGACAGCAGCAGCAGCAGCAGCAGCAGCAGCAGCAGCAGCUAUAGCGCUGCGCCAGUCCCUUCUCGUGCGCGUCGCAGGGCCUACUACAGAAGAGAAUGGGACGGGAGUGGCAGCAGCAGCAGCAGCAGCAGCAGCAACAUCAGCAGCAACAUCAGCCGCAACAACCGAAGCAGCAGCAGCAGCCGCAGAAGCAAUGAACUAAGGAGACACGGCAGCAGCAGCAGCAGCAGCACGGACGUCGAAGUAGAAGAAUUUGACUUCGAGGAAGAAGAAGAAGAGCCUCCCAGCAGCAGCAGCAGCAGGAGCAGCAGCAGCAGGAGCAGCAGCAGCAGCAGCAGCAGCAGCAGCAGACCAAUAGUGGCAACCAACACACCACGCAGCGUGAUUAGGACAGGUGCAGCACCAACAGCAGCAGCACCAUCACGAACAGCAGCAGAGAGUGCAGCAGCAACCCCACAUAUUCAAUACGACAGCAGCAGCAGCAGCAGCAGCAGCAGCAGCAGAGGCAGCAGCAGCAGAUUCCGCGCAGCAGAAGAUGAAUGGGAGGAUGAGGGCGAGUGGGAAGAAUAA